GUCCGAACGCCGCUGCGACGGUUCGAUAAUUUUUCUCCGCGAAAUUUUUCUCGCACGCGAACAAGUAGGCACCAACUUAAGCAGAGCGUACCGUCUUACGAUAGUUCCGCGGCGAUUAGUAGGAGGAAAUAUAUUGAAUUCGGUGUGAAAAAAAAAAGGACGCUUGGGUCCGUGCGUGUGCGUGCGUGCGUACCCGUGAGUGCGCGCUUUUCUCCUCGUUCGUGUUCGGUCCGUUUCUCGCAGAACAAGGUUUCCUCUCGUUCGGGUUUCGGUGCGAUCAAAUUAAGGUUAUACAAUUUGUUGGUAGUCGUUACCGCUGUCCGUCGUCGUCGUCACCGCCGCCGCCGUAGUUUUUUUUCUUUACCGAGCUUACGAGCUUUUCGUUGAUAACAGAGUUUUUGCGCGUAUUUUAAAACGUGUCGCCGCUUGUUAUUUUACCAACAGCAUCGUCGCAGUCAAUAUGCUGUUGUAAUAAAUGUGGCGCCAUUUAUUUGUUUUAAACUCGACCAUCGGUUUAGAAAAGUGCCAACAAAAGUGUUCUUCUAACAGGAUUUCAGUUUCUAUGUGAAGAUAAAUUUUGUAAAAAUGAGCCAAGAAGUAGAUGAAGCUAUAGUUACAAAAGUUGAUGAAGCUGAAACAGAUGGAACUGCUAUGAAACAAGAACUUACCAAUGUAGAUGUAUUGGUAUGUGGUUUAUGCCACGUAGGAUUUCAUUUUAUUGAAGAAUUUCAAGAACAUAAAGUUGGCGGAACGUGUAAAAAAAUAUCUGCAUUUCGUGACCAAAAUUCUGCGGAUAACAAACCUAAAAUUCUUGGAUUUUUGUUGUGGAAAAAUUCUCAAGCUAAACACAUUGCGGAAAAUCAAGAAGCAUGGAAAGUUUAUCAAAUGUGGUGUACUCUACCUGAAAGUGUGAAAGACUGUUGGAUCGAAGCUGGAAAAACUAUUCAUACCUAUGAUGAAUUCGCUAAAAAUAUUCCUAAUAAGAUUAUCAAGCUUGAUUCAAACUCUGCAAAUGAUGUAGUAGAAGAUAUACCACCUGUAGUUAUGAAACCUAGUGGUGAAUUUCCUUCUGGUCAAGAGUUUAUAGUUGAAAGAGUUGUUGCACGUCGUUUUAAUCAGAAAAAAAGAGUGUUUGAAUAUUUAUUGAAAUGGGAAGGUUACCCUCCUGAACAGAAUACCUGGGAACCUGCUGACAAUAUGUCUGCAUGCACCCAUCUUAUAAAACAAUACGAAGAUUCAUUAAUGAAGAAUGGUACAGCUUCAACUCCUGCUGGGAAAAGACCUGGACCUGGACGCCCACGUAAGAUUGAACAGAUUCAAAGUAUUGGAGGAGUAGUUAAACCAAAAAUAUCCCCUCAAUCACAAGUUGAACAAAUUGGAUUAGCAGGGAGGCCAGUACGAAGCAGUAAACAAAAAGCUAUGGAUCAAGUUAAAUAUUGGUGUGGUACCAUGAAAUCUAAUGAAGAACCAGUUGAAAAUAAGUCAACUCAACAAAAUAUAUUAAAACGUGAUUAUGCUAUGUUAGAAGAAGAAGAAGAAGAUGAAGAUGUUCCAGUUUUAAAGAAAAAAUACUUUCAUCAAGAUUCUGAGGACGAAGAGUGGGAUGAUCCGUCUUUACAGAAAUCAAAUGCAUUAGUUGAUGAAAAUGUAGAACCUAAUGUAAACUUGGGAAAAAUCGUUCCUAGAGGUCAACUGACAAUGGAAGAACGUAUUAAAUAUAAUGUUUCAAGAAGUGUCACUAGACCAUCAAUCUUUCCUGUGUUAAAACGCGAGGAACGUGUUAAAAAGAUUAAGAAUCAUUUGUCUCAUUUUAAUAAUGUUCAUAGAAAUUCUGAUUUAGGUUUAUUACAAAUUUCACCUCAUUUAACACAAGUCACUUUAGCAUCAAUGAAAGGCUUUGUAAAAUUAGAAACUAAUCAAGUACCACAAUCUGGUAUUUAUUUAUUUUCUAAUUUAGAUGGAUUUACCAGAUUAAAUGACAGUGAUAAAACUCAAACUAUGAUGAUGAUGAUGAAACAUCGAGAUGAGCCGAAAAAAGGAAAAGUAGUUUAUGCUGAUGGAGCUCAAGCACUUCUACCGCAAAAAAAAACUCUUGAUCUAGCUAAAGCAAGAGAAACUGUACACCAGGCGUCUCCCUUAAUGAAAUCCUAUACUAAUAAAAAACCAUUUAUCCCUCCGCCCACAAAAAUCCAAGCUGCUGUGAAACCUAGACCAUUUUUGCAUAAAGUUGCUGCUGCUAAUCCAGAGGUUGAGAAGACUUUGCUUCAGAAACCACAAGGAUCUUCUGGAAUUAAAGCUCCUAAUAGUAAUGUGACAUUUGUUCCAAGGCGUACUCUGAAUAAUAGAGUACAACAAGGUGCUUACGCUUAUAACACCCCAGAGCAGUUAGAAUUUUGGGAAGACACGGCAUCCGACACUGAUGACGGCGGCCUGUCGGACCAUUUCCCAUCAGAAGAUGUUUCAAUUCCACCUAAUAGUCCAAAUAGACCAUUAACACUUUGUCCAACAACUGGAAAAAGGUUAAUGAAAGCUGAAGGUGAAAAAACACCAGAGCCUACACCACCAUCAAGUCCUAAGUCAAUGAUUACUCUCAAUGAUACAUCCAUGAUGAGUAGACAAAAUGAUAAUUCUCUUUUACCAACGCUUAUAAAAAUGGAACCUGGAACUGGAAAUUUAGGAAAUCAAAAUUCAAUGAUAUCAAUAAGUGAACCUGAAAAAGUAAAUCGUACUCCCCAAAUGAUACAUCAUCAAUCCAGACAAAGUUUUGUAAAUUAUAAAGACAUUCCAGCUGCAUCUAACUCGGGCAUACGUAUGAAAAAACCUAAUUCAAGGCCAAAUAAUAGUAACAAGUCGUUACAUGUGAGUUCUGGAAUUUCAAAACCCCAUAGUUCACUAAAUGUUCCAGCACGAAAAAUACAACAAAAACAGGAACCACAGGUAAAUCAACAGUUUCCAGGACAGCCUGCCAUUCUCACAGAUGAGUCUGGGCGUUUAAUUUUGUCUACUGAAGAAGCAGAUAGUAUGAUAACCAUUACAGGAGAUGAUGGCAUGCUCUAUCAGGUUUCUGCUGCACAAUUAGCUGCCAGUGGAGGUACAGUAUUAUUGGCUGGAAAUGGUGAAACAGAUGGGCAGCAAUGUGUUUUUCUUACAGAAGAUGGAAAUAGUAUGAUUCAAGCUAAUACAAAUCAAGAAGGAAUGAUAGCGUUAGAUGACUUUGGAAAUUCUGUUGGUCAAUUAAUGCCACAACAGCUGGAUUUAGGAAACUUGGUCACGGAUGAUGCAGGUAAUAUGUAUAUAAAAGAUAAUGAAACGGGUCAAUAUGUACCAGUAUCAGCUACUGAACAAGGUGGCCAAGUUGUUAUACAACCAAGUGAAAAUUAUGCACAAGAACCUCAAGUUAUGCAAGAAGAUCAAGAUCAAUUGGUCGCCCAAAUUAUUGAUGCUGGAGAGCCAGCUCCUGGAGGUGGUCCACGCAGAGUUGUAUUACAAUUACCUGAUGGUAAUUUAAUGGUAACUGAAAUGGAUGAAGAACAAUUCGCUGCUCUUGAAAUGGACAAAUAG